CGCAUCGUCAAUUCGGGGUCUCGUCUUCGUGCGGCCCCAUUCGCUUCGUACCUCUCGGCUUCUCGGGGCGGCGGCGGCGGCGGCGGCGGCGGCAGAGAGCAGGAGGGGGAUGGCGCACCGGCUGCUGCGGGACGCGCAGGCGGACGGGUGGGAGCGGUCGGACUUCCCCAUCAUCUGCGAGUCAUGCCUCGGGGACAACCCCUACGUCCGGAUGUUAAGGGCAGAAUAUGACAAGGAGUGCAAAAUAUGUGCACGUCCAUUUACUGUCUUCCGAUGGCGACCUGGUCGGGAUGCAAGGUACAAGAAGACAGAGAUCUGCCAGACAUGUUGCAAGCUGAAAAAUGUCUGCCAGGUCUGCCUGCUGGAUCUUGAAUAUGGUCUACCAGUUCAGGUCAGGGAUACAGCGCUCGCUAUCAAUUCGAAUGAUGCAAUUCCAAGGAGUGAUGUCAAUCGUGAGUAUUUUGCAGAAGAGCAUGAUCGAAGGGCCAGAGCUGGCAUAGACUAUGAUUCUUCCUAUGGGAAGGCCCAACCAAAUGAUACCAUUCUGAAGCUUCAGAGAACAGCACCAUAUUACAAGAGGAACAGAGCCCAUGUGUGCAGUUUCUAUGUGCGUGGUGAAUGUACUAGAGGUGCUGAGUGCCCAUAUCGACAUGAGAUGCCUGAAACUGGGGAGUUAUCUCAGCAGAACAUCAAAGAUCGUUACUAUGGAGUUAAUGAUCCAGUUGCAAUGAAACUUUUGAGUAAGGCAGGUGAGAUGCCAUCCCUGACACCGCCAGAUGAUGAGACUAUAAGGACACUAUACAUUGGUGGACUCGAUAGCAGAGUAACUGAACAGGAUUUGAGGGAUCAGUUUUAUGCCCAUGGUGAGAUCGAGUCCAUAAGGAUGGUGCUUCAGCGUGCAUGUGCAUUUGUGACAUACACUACAAGAGAAGGCGCUGAGAAGGCUGCAGAGGAGCUUGCUAACAAGCUAGUCAUCAAGGGUGUGCGACUGAAACUCAUGUGGGGCAAGCCUCAGGCUCCAAAGCCCGAAGAGGAUGAGUCUGGGAGGCAGGGGCAGGUUUCCCACGGAGGACUGCUCCCUAGGGCUGUCAUAUCUCAGCAGCAGAGCGGCGACCAGCCUCAACCCCCUGGGAUGGAGGGCCAGCAGCAACCACCAGCAUCAUACUACUUUAACAUUCCAGCACCACCACCAGCAGAGCGGACUCUGUACCCAUCCAUGGAUCCCCAGAGGAUGGGUGCUGUAGUUAAGUCACAGGAUGGUGAAGGCAAACCAGGGCUGCAGCCUGGACAUGCUCAGCCAUCAAGUAGCUCAGCACAGGGCGGCUAUCCUGCACCACCACCAUACUACCAUGGUCAGUAUCCACCAUACUAUGCUCCUCCACCAUACGUUGGCUACAUGCCUCCACCUCGCAUGCCCUACCCACCCCUGUACCCACCAUACCAGCCGAUGCUAGCACCACCAGCACAAGCUCACGCUAGUUCAUCUCAGCAACCAGCACAAGCAGGACAGCAGCCGCCUCAUGGCCCUCCGGCUCAGCAGCAGCAGCCGGCUCCUGGCCCUUCAGCGCAACAGCAGCCAACUCAGAACUGAAGUACUUACAAGAAUGUUGGAUAGUGUACUGCUGUAAUUCCUCUCUGCUAGAAAAUGUACCCUCGUUGGUUGCCAGCUUCUGUAUUUUCUUAAUUUUGUGAUUAACAGCAAAACUUCGUAUUAUUGCUUAUCUGAGUUUGAAAACCCGGAAGAUAUACUGGAUUUAUCCAGCAUCAAGAUUUUGUGUUGUCAACCA